AUGUCUUUUCUUACUCGCACCAUCAACGCAAGCAGGACUGUCGCAAUUGCGACACCCGCAUCACGCAUUGCUGUGGCCCGAUCGUCGCGGACGUUUACCACCUCGCUAGCUGCUCAGAAAACCGCUUCCGAGACGGUAAAGGAUGAGCUCAAGCACAUUGACAGAGCUGUGAGCGACAAGCUGGUAGAUGGAAUCAACCUUGCCUCCGCCGCAACACAUAAAGUCAAACAAACAGCCGAGGACCUCUCCAGCAGCGGUGUCGCCAACCAGGUCGAAGGCGAAGCGGCUCACGCCAAAGGCAAAGCACAGGAGCUGAAAGGGCGCGCCGAGGGCAAGAUGUCAGAGAUGUCAGGCAAGGCUCAAGAGUUGAAGGGCAAAGCAAAGGGAGCUGCUGCGGAGACAAAGGGAAAAGCCAAGGAAAGUGUGGAAGAGAUGCAGAGCAAUUUGUUUGAGUAA